AUGUCUUCUUCUGGAUGUGGUGGUUGUCAGGGCUCAUGCAACGAUUAUGGACGAUCUGUUUGUUCCGAACCCUGUGGGAGAGGGUCAGUCUGUUCUGAACCCUCAUGUGGCACAUCCUGCAGCUCGGUGAGGCCGCUGCCUGAGGUGGGAUGCUGCGGCACACCUCCACAGCAGUACUGCCCCCCCGUGCAAAAGUAUUGCCCGCCAAGGCAAAAGUACUGCUGUCCUCCGGUGCAGAAGUAUUGUCCUCCAGUGCAGAAAUACUGCCCUCCAGUUCAAAAGUGCUGCCCACCAGUACAAAAAUAUUGUCCUCCAGUGCAGAAAUACUGCCCUCCAGUUCAAAGGUGCUGCCCACCAGUACAGAAAUAUUGUCCUCCAGUGCAGAAAUACUGUCCUCCAGUUCAACAGUGCUGCCCACCAGUACAAAAAUAUUAUCCUCCAGUGCAGAAAUGCUAUCCUCCAGUUCAACAGUGCUGCCCACCAGUACAGAAAUAUUGUCCUCCAGUGCAGAAAUACUGUCCUCCAGUUCAACAGUGCUGCCCGCCAGUGCAAAAAUAUUGUCCUCCAGUGCAGAAAUACUGUCCUCCAGUUCAGCAGUGCUGCACCCCAGUGCAGAAAUACUGCCCCCCGGUUCAACAGUGCAGCCCACCAAUCCAACAGACCUGCAUCCCAGUGCAGCCAUGCCCUCCGUGCUAUGUGCCUGCUCAACAGUGCUGCCCACCAGCUCAACAAUACUGCCCACCACUUCAGCAAACGUGCGGAGUGCCAGACAUCUGCCAGACACAGCAAGUGUGCGAAGCACCUCCCCACCUUCUGAAGAAUUAGCUAAUGAGAUGAAAGAAAAUGCGCCGAUGAGCACAUCUGAAUCGGUCUUGAAAUCUCAUUUGCCGUCUUUCUUCUUUUCAAGGCUCCACCAAUGUCUCCAGCCCAUUAAGUGGUAGAAUCUGACUACUUAAACCGCUCCAGUUUUAGCCCAACAAGUAAUACUAAGAAUCCUAAGAAGAACAUGAUUGAAAUGUUGUGUUUUCUUCGUAGGGAUGAAUCCAUCCAGGGGAAUUUGGGGGUCACUGACGUUUCAGCAGCUA